AUGUCGCAAAAACGCUCUACCUCGAAUCACUCACCUACCCGCAACCAAGAUUCUCUCUGUCCAGACCAUACUGACAGGCCCAAUGGGGGCCCUCAGUAUAGCGUAGAUCUGGAGAGUCGUCAAACCUCUCCUGCUCUGUCAGCAGCAAGGCCCUUGACGCAUGGAGAACAUGAAUUCCAACUGUACGCCUUGUUUGCUGGACAUUCAAAGAGCUCAAAAAGUGAGCAAGAUAAAGAUAACACGUCGACGACCCCGGAACCCAGUUCUUCCUCUGCCCCCUCAUCAAGCCCCAGCCAAGUCGCUUCGCUGGCAGAGGAGCUCCACAAAGCGCCUACUUCUGCCGCCGAGCACCAGUCUGUUGGCGGGUCCUCACGUCGAAAGAUGAUUUGCAACAGCAUCGGCAUUUUGGCGGUCAUCGCCAUCUUGUCUUUCCUCGUUUACUUCUAUGAAACCGGCAAUCCUCUAUGGAUCAUCCCGAGGCAAGAGGUACUGUCGACCCCGUACGAUCUGACGGAGCCAAUUGAAGAGCUGUAUGAAGGAUACGAUACGCCUUCCACACAAUCCCCUUUCGCCUAUGGAGCCCAGGGAAAUAUUUGA